CACUGAAUUGUGUUCUGUGGUGUUGGAGAUGAUACUGUCAAGCGCUAUCUCUGCCCCCCUCAUGCCUCGCUGGGGUGGAGGGGGCCGUCAUAUCUUUCUAAAACAUCCCACAACACUGGAGGGAGGGGCAGAGUAACUGCAACUGCGUAGCAGUUUCGGGAUCGAUGGACUCGGUAGCCAGCGCCUGAUCAGAGCCCGUUUAACUGCUACAUCGUCAGAACCGAACUCUGCUUGCGGACCAGAGACUAAAGAUGAAUCAGAAGUUUGGACGCCUGGUAGCCAUGAUAGUUGGUCUGUCCUCCCUGCACGCCGUCCUCUGCUCUGGCGAGUUGGGCAAACCAAGCCUGAUCAUCCCUCCCUUCGCCCUGGUAGGAGACUACGUGUAUUUCAGAUGCCGUCUCCCAGAGAGACACGGGGAAGUGAUUGACUUCACGUUCUACAGCGAGGAGGCCAACAUGUCUGUAGAGGCAUCAUUACAGCGCAAUGAAGAAAAUGCCAGCAUCACUGUCUCAGCUGUACUGAGAAACCAAGGUCAUUUCAUGUGCAAGGCGGAAGUGCAUAACAACACAAAAGUGACAUCCCUGGUCAGCGACAGAGUCUACUUCAAAGUGGUCGAGCCUAUUCAGGAGGUGCUGCUCACACUAACGCUGGGGGAGUUUUUCGAGGGCGAUGACCUCACCCUGCACUGUAAAGUGCACGGGGGGGGGGGCAUCUCGUACAUGUGGCUGUUGGACGGCGUGGAGCUGGAGGUGACCUCUAACCCGCUCCACAUCAGGGGGUUGACGCAGAGGGAUGCAGGGUCCUACGCCUGUGUGGCGAUCAGCAAGAUGGAACAGGAGGUCACCAAAAAGUCAAACAACGUGACCGUGACGGUCAGAGAAAUGCUGUCCACACCUCAGAUAACAUUCACAGUACGUAAGGGAGAAGAUCAGUACUUCGCCGACAUCACCUGCAGCUCUGACAGGGGUUCACUUCCCGCCAAUUUCAGCCUGCGCACCUACAACGAGACGAGUGAGGAGGUUCUCACCAGGAGCGCCGGCCCUUUCUUAGACGCCUCCUUCUCUGUGCUCGUCAGUCUGGGCCGGAGCGGAGAGAGGGCUCAAUGCUGGGUGAGGGACGGACGCUCCACGUUGAAGAGCAACGCCCUACUCCUGGAAGUGGUCCCUGUAGGUGGCGCUGUGCACAUAAAUCUGGAGUAUGACAUUGGCCAUAACUUUGAAGUGGUGGGAGUGACCCUGCGAUGCGUGGUGGAGCAUGGGACCCACCCCAUUUACCACUGGUACCUAAAUGACUCAUCGAUGCCCGUGGAGGCAGGGGAAGAGUUCUACAGGCUGUCCGACGACGGGCGCUUUCUUACCCUCCUCAACGUCCACACCCCCACCUCCUACCGAUGCAAAGCCAUGGACAUGUUUGACACCAGCUCCAAUGUCAGCAGCACGCAGUUCCUCAUCGACCAGGAUGUCCUGAAAAACCACAUCCCCACUGAGGUUGCGGCACUGGUCCUUGGCUGCAGUCUCCUCCUUGUGGUCCUCUUGACAGCCUGCUGCAUCUAUGGAGCAAAGUACUCCAAACGACAACCCCCAGAGAAGAUUCAGUUGAACUGGUGCGACUCAGAAUCAGACGCUGGGGAAAAUGAAGAAUUGGCACAAGAUGACUAUGAGGAAGAUCUAGAUCUGGUUAGAGCUGCCAAUAUGGACGAGGAAGAAGAGGCCGACGUGGACUCACUGGAGGACUGGAUAGGAACAGAAUAGAGAACCCCAAAUUAAACCUAUGUGCACAGAACAACAUACUGCAAGAGAGACACCAUUAAGCCUGAACAUCCAAAUUCCCAUAAUACAUUUAGACAGCUUGAGUACAAUAUGUGUGUGUAUACCUGAAAUGAGAAUACUGAAAACACAAUGUUUAAAUAGCUUGUUAAUAAAUGCAACAGCAUC